AUCACAGCUCAGAGGCACUGUACUCGAGUACAGUACGGUACGAGUCCCGGUACUAGUAAGGUACGGUGCUCGAGCACGGCACAGCUACGACACCGAUAUUUGUUUUUUCGUUAACUCCAACUCCCCGUUGUGGAGCCCCUAUCCCACUUUACCCUCUCUACACUUGAACUCUCUACACUUGAACUCCCCUUCCCUCUACUAAUACCUCGCACCUUAUUACCAACAAACCAGUUCUUCAAUAGCCCGGUGCUCCCCCCCGAACCUACAACUCAAGUAGUUCAAUAUUGGAAUUGGACCUUUGCCUUCCCCUCCUCACUCUGAAACACGAUGUCGUCCCCGGCCCUGCAGUCUUCUCCUCCUCCGGAAGUCAACCCCAGAAAACGCGGCUUAGAAGAUGAUGAUAAUGAAGAUAUGAGAGAUACUGGGGUUCCUUCAAGUCGUCAGUAGUUUAUUUUCAUUUGUCCCUUACCGACACCUUCUUCCAUCUUUGCCACAUUUACCAUUCGAAAGCAGCGGAGCCGUUUCCAACGCUCAAAACUUUGCAUCAGGGGUUUGCUAACUUUGUGUUUGCCUCCUCCUAGCUCCCGGUGGCUUUUUACCCUCGACCCCUGGCUUCCGCUCCUCCCCCCCACUCAUGGAUGAUGAUGACGAUGAUGAACUUGACGAGCACGAUGGGGUAUGUAGGAUCAAUACCCCAAUUCGUGAAUCGUGAUUGAAAUUAUGUGAACAGAUCCAAGACCUGGAGGAUAUGGAGGAGGAAAUGGAUGGCGAGGAUUUAAUGCAGGAUAUGGAGCGGUGAGCUAGUCCUUACGGAGGCACAGGAUACGAACUAAUGAGAGAAAUUGCAGAGACUACACUCAAAACCUCGUUCUCGAUCAAUACGAAACCACCAAUAUUGAUGAUGAAGGCGAAUAUGAUGAACUCAGUGCCGCCGAAGUUCGCCGGCUUAACAAACAGAUGGACAUGCGAGAUAACAUGGCCCGGCGAAUGCCUAAUGCCUUCUACAAUAUUGACGAGGAAGAUGACGAAAUGGAUCUAUCCAACCAGGUCCGCCGCCGUAGGCACCAUUUCGAUGAGGAUCCCCAGGAUGAAAUGGAUAACGUGAUGGAUGAGGAGCUCUCAUUAGAACAACUCGGCGAUGUUAAAGCUUCUAGCAUCGCUGAUUGGCUCACGGUUCCUAAUGUAUACCGCAGCGUGGCUGUGCAUUUCAAGAAUUUCUUGCUCGAAUAUACAGAUGAUGCCGGCUCUUCAGUGUACGGUAACCGUAUCAGGACUCUUGGUGAGAUCAAUUCCGAAUCCCUAGAGAUCUCAUUCCAGCAUCUUGCAGAGUCCAAAGCUACGCUCGCCUUGUUCUUAGCAAAUGCCCCGACUGAAACGUUGAAAAUCUUCGAUCAGGUCGCCCUUGAAGCUACCCUCCUUCACUACCAAGACUAUGAGCGAAUCCAUUCCGAGAUUCACGUACGCGUUGCUGAUGUGCCAACAUCUUACACUCUCCGUGAGUUGCGCCAGUCUCAUCUCAAUGCUCUCGUGCGCGUCCGCGGUGUAGUUACUCGACGGACGGGUGUUUUCCCUCAGCUCAAAUACGUCAAGUUUGACUGCGCCAAAUGUGGUACCACCCUUGGUCCAUUUCAACAGGACUCAAAUGUUGAGGUUAAGAUUUCAUACUGCCAAAAUUGCCAGUCCCGUGGGCCAUUCUCUCUAAACUCGGAAAAGACAGUUUACAGGAAUUACCAAAAAAUGACGUUACAAGAGUCGCCGGGAACUGUGCCGGCAGGGAGACUUCCAAGGCAUAGAGAAGUCAUUUUGCUCUGGGACUUGAUCGACACAGCCAAGCCUGGGGAAGAGGUAGAGGUCACCGGGAUCUACAGAAAUAAUUACGAUGUACAACUCAACCAGAAAAACGGGUUUCCUGUCUUUGCUACUGUGUUGGAGGCCAAUAAUGUUGUCAAAAGCCAUGACGAGCUCGCUGGCUUUAGAUUGACCGAAGAAGACGAAAAGGCUAUCCGUACGCUUGCUAGGGAUGAGAAGGUUGUAGACAAGAUAAUUGACUCCAUGGCACCAAGCAUAUAUGGCCACCGCGACAUUAAGACUGCUGUGGCCUGCUCUCUGUUUGGGGGUGUUGGAAAGAACAUCAAUGGCAAACACCAAAUUCGUGGUGAUAUCAAUGUCCUCUUGCUCGGAGAUCCUGGUACUGCCAAAUCGCAAGUACUAAAGUACGUUGAGAAGACAGCCCAUAGAGCAGUUUUUGCCACUGGCCAAGGGGCAAGUGCUGUUGGUUUAACAGCAAGCGUGCGAAGAGAUCCAAUGACGUCGGAAUGGACACUAGAGGGUGGUGCUCUUGUCUUAGCUGAUAAGGGAACCUGUUUGAUCGAUGAGUUUGACAAGAUGAAUGACAAAGACAGGUAUACAUGCGAUCUCGCGAUCCCGCUAUUCGAGCCCAAUGAGCAUGGCUGAUGGUAUGUUCUAGAACCUCUAUCCACGAAGCUAUGGAGCAACAAUCCAUAUCGAUCUCCAAAGCUGGUAUUGUCACUACGUUGCAGGCACGUUGUGCGAUCAUCGCAGCGGCCAACCCAAUCGGAGGACGAUACAACUCGACAAUUCCCUUCGCUCAAAACGUGGAACUGACAGAGCCUAUCCUGUCUCGGUUCGAUGUUCUCUGCGUCGUACGUGAUACAGUUGAUCCCGAGGUUGAUGAGCUCCUCGCAAAGUUUGUUGUCGAGUCACAUGGCCAUUCCCAUCCUGUAGGAAAUAGUUCCGCUACUCCCGCAGUUAGCAGUGGCAAUAGCACAAACUCCCCGAUCCCGCAGGAGUUGCUCCGGAAAUAUAUUCUUUACGCCCGAGAACAUUGCUCUCCCCAGUUACACCAGAUGGAUCAAGAUAAGGUCUCUCGAUUGUUUGUGGAGAUGCGUCGCGAGUCUCUGGCAACCGGGAGCUUCCCGAUCACUGUCAGACAUUUGGAAAGCAUUAUCAGGCUAUCGGAAGCCUUUGCGAAAAUGAGGCUAAGUGAAUACGUCUACUCGCGAGAUAUCGACCUUGCCAUUGCCGCUACGGUAGACAGCUUUGUUGGUGCGCAAAAGGUCUCUGUUAAGAAGAGUCUUGCGAGAGCAUUCGCGAAAUACACCUUACCCAAGGGAGGACCAAGGGGGCCAACCACAGGAGCUGGGAAGAGGACUAGGGUUGCCGCCUAGGAAUACUUUUCACUUUCUUGAGGGCUGAAAAUGUUAGUGCGACCCGUAGGGCGUUCGGUCAUGCUCAUACCAAUGUUUUUCAUAUGUACUUUAAUACAGUGUUUGGUUUAUCAAAACAAAAAAAGGAAAGCCGAGUACCGGUGCCCCAGACUUACCCGAGUGCAUUGGGUAUUAAACAUGUCAAAUGUCCGGAUUGAACAUUCAUCACGAUUUCUAUAAGUAAUUGCCUCGUAAGGUGGGCUAGCGCGUGAAUACGAUAGCUCGAGACGACUUCGUUAUUAGAGAGCCAAAGUGCAGCGAUACAGAUAUGAAAAAU